GGCUGGGCUUUCCCAGGGCGGUUGGGUAAAGGCGCAGCGCAGAGCUGUGCCGCACGGGUUAACGGCUGCGUUCCUCACUUCCAGCUACUCAUGGAAUAGCUAUGGAGUAAUCGGUUAUUUCUGGUUAACUCGUAUAUGCGUUUAAACCUUUCAAAGGAAGGUUACUGUUGGCGUCUUGGAGCAAAACUCUGCUUUAAGCUAUCUUGCGGGAACUGCCUUGUGAACACGGUGCAGGCAAGCUUAAGAGUAGCAUCUUACAGCCACAGCACAGUGAUAGGGGGUGUUUGUGGUGUUGAUUUGUGGUUUUGUUGUUGUGUGUUGGCUUGGGUUUUUUUUCCUGUCAGUUUUCUUCAUUUCUUCAUCUGUCCCCUAAGAAUGAAGUUAUCAGUUCAGAUUCUCAUUUAGGUUUAGUGUCUUUUCACCUACAGUCAAUUCCAUGGUUGCAUCAGAUGGUCUGUUCCAUGCUGACUGUAACCUCUGUGUUCCCUUAACUGUAGGGUACCUUGUGAAAGUUCUCAUGCUUCAUCUCAGUGUCUGAAACGUGCAUAAAGAACUAUGCACAUAUCCACUGUUAUUACUGACCAAAAUCUCAUCUGAUCUCCAAGUAAAUAUUCAAAAUGCAUUGUUGCAAACGCUCAGCAGGUUUGUACCCAGGAGAAACUGUAUGCUGAGAAUAUCUUAAUGGAAGAGAGGACAUGUUUCUGGAGGAGAGUAAUUCAAGCAGUAAAGAGCUGCUUCAGACAGCAUAUUAGUCAAAAAGGACAAACAGAAUGAGGGAGAGCUGGGAGAAUAAUUGCUGGGGGCAACUUCUUGGAGGUUGCGUGCACAGGCACACACUGCCAGCAUCCGAGUGGUGCAGGGGCUGAGCGAUUUGAACCAGGGGAGUCUGACCCUGAAGAGGAACUAGGUUCCUACCUUCUAUAAGCUUAAAUAAGCUUAAACAAGCUUAAACUUUUGUCUCUGGUACUGUAGUUUUACAAAAACCCAGUCUCUUGGAUUUAUUUUUUUUUAAUUAAUCAGCUUGUACAACGUAGCUUUGAGCAUUGCAGGACACUUUAAAAUCAGUCUGUGGCUGUAAUCAGGUCCUGAGAAGAGAAAUUGAGAUUUGUCAUGAAAGGUGAUCCUACAGCAUACUCCUCUUUAGCCCACUGUCCUGAAGACAAGAGGUUCUGGCUUGUCAGGAGUCUCUAUUAACAAUUCAAGUUGGCUGGAGAAUGGAAGGUGUUGAGUUUAAGGAAGAAUGGCAAGAUGAAGAUUUUCCAAGGCCUCUGCCAGAGGAUGAUCCUGUGGAGUCAGAUGUAUUGGCUGCCACUGGCACAGAAAGUGAAGCUGAGGUUAAUGGAACCAAAGCAAGGAAGAAACUAAUGGCUCCCGAUAUUAGCUUAACUUUGGAUCACAGUGAGGAAUCUGUUUUGUCUGAUGACUUGGAUGAGAGUGGAGAGAUUGAUUUGGACAAUUUAGAUACUCCUUCAGAAAACAGCAAUGAGUUUGAAUGGGAAGAUGAUCUUCCGAAACCAAAAACUACUGAUGUAAUUAGGAAAGGAUCACUUACUGAAUAUGCUGCAGCAGAGGAGAAAGAUGAUGGUCGACGCUGGCGAAUGUUUAGGAUUGGAGAACAGGACCACAGGGUGGACAUGAAGGCAAUUGAACCGUACAAAAAAGUUAUCAGUCAUGGUGGCUACUAUGGUGAUGGGUUAAAUGCCAUUGUCGUGUUUGCUGUUUGCUUUAUGCCUGAAAGCAGCCAGCCGAACUAUAGAUACCUAAUGGACAAUCUAUUUAAGUAUGUAAUUGGCACUUUAGAGCUGUUGGUAGCAGAGAACUAUAUGAUAGUUUACCUGAAUGGUGCAACAACACGGAGAAAAAUGCCAAGUUUAGGCUGGCUCAGGAAAUGCUACCAGCAAAUUGAUAGAAGGUUAAGGAAAAAUCUGAAAUCACUAAUCAUAGUUCAUCCUUCUUGGUUCAUCAGAACACUUCUGGCUGUCACAAAACCCUUUAUUAGCUCAAAAUUCAGCCAAAAAAUUAGGUAUGUCUUUACGCUGGCAGAGCUAGCUGAACUCAUCCCCAUGGAAUACGUUGGCAUCCCAGAAUGCAUAAAACAGUAUGAAGAAGAAAAGUUUAGAAAGAAACAGAAAAGAGUUGACCAAGAGCUGAAUGGAAAACAAGAGCAGAAGAGUGACCAGUAAGUUUGGAGUCCAGCUAAGACUGAAGAAUAUGCAGAUGGAAUGAUGUUAUCUUUGCUCCAUUUACAAUGCAUUCUCUGUGUGUGUAUAUAAUAUAACCUGUUGCAAAAGGUGCUUAAUUCCUUUGGACUGGCACACAACAGACUGCUUACUGCUGUAUUGGUCUGUCUUGACUUCAAUAGCUGUGUUUAUAUAAUCAAUUUAUACCGCUAAAUAUCAAAGAACCCUGUGUCUUCAGAGGAUGUUCUUGCAGUCGUUUAUCUAAAUGAUGCAUGUUCUUCAGUAAAAUAUUUAUAUACCUAAAUGUUAAAGGAAAGAGAUAAUAUAUAUAUAUUUUUAUGACUGAGCAAUAUAUUAUGUGUACCUGCUGAAGGAAUUCAUUUGCAGGUAGACAGGGCCAUAAGUUACUUGUUGUUAUUGUAUAAAUCUGUUUUGCUGUAAAUGGUCAAGUGCAUUUCUUGGUUGUCACGGAACCCUUAAUUUGUUUGGAUAUUAACAGUCACAUAAUGUUGUCUUUCACAAGCAUGGAGAUCCGUGUUUUUGUUCACAGCCCUGCUACAAGCAGUACUCAUUUACCUCACUAGAGUGAGCUUGAAUUUGGUGUCUUAGUCCACUAUUCAGAAUGCAGAACAGCAGUUCUGUGCGCUUCAGCCUAUUGGCCAAAGGGUUUAAGCAGCCAAAGGGUUUAAGCAGCAGCUGAACUGAGUGACUGGCAAUGUAUCAGCCUUUCUCAAUUUUAAGUUGCAAAUUUAGAUUCUGUGUUAGUAAAUGAAAGUUGUCCCAGAUACCAGUAGGAAAUGAGUUCAUUGCAGUCUUUCCUGGAUGAGUAUUGGUUGUCGUCAGCAGUAACUCUGGUAGUGCUCAGUAGAGCACACAGAUACUCUAGCCAUGAUAUCAGUUGUUUGCAGGGGCAUCGGGAGUCUUUUGCUAACUGUGUGUCCUGGGUUUAGCUGUAACAGUUACUUUUCUCCUUCUUAGUAGCUGGUGCAGUGCUCUGUUCUUGGUGCAGUGCUCUGUUCUUGACUUUAGCCUGAGAACAGUGCUGGUAACACAUGGAUGUUUUUAGUUGUUGCUAAGUAAUGCUUACUCCAAUGAAGGACUUCUCAUUGUCAUGCUCUGCCAGUGAGGAGGGGCACAAGAAGCCGGAAGGAAGCAGAGACAGGACCCCUGACCCAAACUAGCCAAAGGGGUAUUCCAUACCACAGCAUGUCAUGCCCAGUAUAUAAACUGGGGGGGAGUUACCCGGAAGGCCCAGGUCACUGGUUGGGUCAGGCUGGGUAUCGGUCGGCGGGUGGUGGGCAAUUGCAUUGUGCAUCACUUGUGUUUAUUGUUUUCUUUUCCUUUCCCCUUUUAGUUUCAUAUUCUCUCUCCUUGUUAUUUCCCUCAUCAUUAUUAUUAUUGGUGGUAGCAGUAGUGGUUUUGUAUUAUACCUUAGUUACUAGACUGUUCUUACCUCAACCCGUGGGAUUACAUGCUUUGGAUUGUCCUCCCCAUGUCUCUGGGAGUGGGGGGGGAAGAAGAAGGGGAGCGAGCGAGCGGCUGCAUGGUUCUGGGUUGCCAGCUGGGCUUAAACCUCGACACUGUGUCAUCUGUGUAGAUGAAACAUCAAUUUCUAAAGCUCUUAUUUUGGCACAUGAGACCGCACUAAUUUCACUUGAAGUAAUUCAAUGAAGUCGGUUGGCUGGUGGUUUCUUUCCUCCCCACAAUGGUAGUGAACUUGUGUCUGUAAAAGGUGUUCUUGGACUCAUAACUAGUGUUCAUAGGUUUAUUAGGGCAACAAUGAUGCACUAGUUGAUGUGUUGUAAAAGUUUGUAACAUCUUUUGAUAAUCAUUGCUAUUUUCCUAUAAGGACAGAUGUGUGCAAAUACCCAUUCAGGAGCUGAGCAACAGAAUAGCAUAGCAAAUUUCUUCACUUCUGGUUUUUACUGUGCUCACAAUUUUGUCUUAAUGCUGAAAAUACCAAUUCUCAAUUCCAUUAAAAGCUGGUUCUCUUAUUUAAAUAAGGUUAUGUUCAAGCAGAUUACUACCUGACACUGAUAAAUAGCUGUCAAAGAGAUAGUUCCAUGGUCAAGACUUAUUACCAAUUAACAAUUAAUCUACUGUCUCUAAUAAUACAUGUAUAGACUCUGAGAGCAUGUUUUCAUGUCAGAUGAGGGCAAAUUGCCCAUGUCUCUGGGAGUUAAGUUUGCAAUUCAGAGACUUUCAUCUCAAGAUUUAGGUACUCUUGUUAUAAUAGCUUCUGUUUUACAGUUUCAAAGAGAUUACUGUGCAGGCUGUUCUCUUUCAAAAGACAAUGCUAACUUCAAGUUGCCUUGCAUCCAUUUGAUCAGGUCUGGAUCUUGCUCUGAAAGCAGAACACAUGUGAACAGUGUCUUUGGGGCUGUCUUAUUUCCUGCUUCAGUUUUGACGUUGGCCCAGGUUCCAGUCAGUAAAUUGGACACUUAUAGCUUGUUUACUUCUGAUACCAUCACAGUGCAGUGUGCGUGAACACGCAAACCUAUAAACCUUCCUGAUCUCUAUUGGUUCUGUGCAGGUCUGAAGUGAGAUACUAAGCAUUCUGAUCAUCUCAGUUCCAAUUUGUCAUAAUUUAAAAGAGUAUUAUUCUCAGUAAAACCAUAUUCUUAGUGGAAGAACUGUGGUUCUCUUAUGUCCUGUUGCUUCGUAUGUGUAUAGCACAGUAUAGAGUAGCCAGUCCUCUCUAUAGGCUGUGUUAUCAAAUGAUGGGAUUAUUGCCUGUUCUGGUUGCUGAGUGAUUCUGCAGUUCCAUGCUGCAAUAGUACUAUUUCUUUUGGAAAUGUGUAUGUGCUCACUGAAUGGUUUAUUUUCUCUAGUGUAAGUUUUUGUGAAUGAAUAUAGUGCACAUCAGUUCUGUCCCCAAAGAUACGCAGUUUGAGAAAGAGGCAUACUAAGGAAUGAUUCCCCUCCAACCUUUCGCAGCUCAUCAUCUAAUGAUGAGGUGGCUGUUUACAAAAAGCAAGAGGUCCCAAAGUUAUGGGUAACUUUUUGUCAAACUUAUCUUUUUAAAUCUAUAAAAUAAUCUAAUAUAUUUUAAUAUUUAAACCCAUGAAAAAUUGGAAUGUCAUACUUUAAUAAAAGUUAUUUCUAACCCUGAAUCACUUUAUGAUAACAGUAUUGUAGGGAAUUCACCUUUUAAUGGCACUUCCUUCUAAAAGUGAAACUCAUGUUGCUAGAAUACAGUUUGAGCCCUGUCAAGAAAAGAAUUUCAUGAGUCACUGAUUUGAUUUGGAGGUCUCCUUGGUUUGUUUAUAUAGAUGUGUGUUAAGUCAGUAGUUCUCUCUUGUGACUACUGUGCACAACUGAAAUAGAGACAUUUGGGGCAGUGGCCUCCCUGUGUGUGGAUGUGACAUUUUGAAAAUUGAUUUCUACAACAGGAUAAGUCUUCAGAAGUGGCAAAGAUAUUUUGGAGUAAGUGUCACUAAAACAGGAGGUGAGUAGGCUCUAGAUUGCUUGGGUGUCCUUGAGGUUCUGUGCGGCAUGGCAAAGCCAUGUUCUGUUGGGAAGUAAUGGAGAGGGUUGUUAUAAGGGUUUAGUGCUGAAGCAAAUUGAAGUCUUUGAAGUUCUGGAAUGUUAAAAUGGAGAAUUGUUGUUCCAAAAAAGCUUAGAACUAGUUAGAAUAAUAUGUAAUGCUGUUCAUAACUGCAGUUUAGCAUAUUUUUUUUCUUAGUUUCAGUGAAGAAUGGUACUGCUUGCUGUGAGGAACUUCGUGCUGAGAAACAGCAGUUCUGUCCUGAAUUGCACAGUUAGUACAUAGCCUGUUCUUAGCAUGUUUCAGCAAGGUUUUUGCAUCAUACAUUUACACUCUGACAGCUUAAAACCUUCAACUGUUAAUGUGUCAUACUUCAAGAUUAGAUUACAUGUUGGUAGUAAUGGAAUCUUCUAUGAAAUGACCUCAAAGUGUGUCACAGGGAGGACAGGGUGGCAUUGGUGCCUACUCCUGUGUCAGCUUCACUGAUGUCAUCUACUGGAGUGUCUGUAGGUAGCUGAAAGUAAUGGGAGUGCAUGGUGAAUGGGCAGUUCCUAAACUAAAUCUGUCACAAAGAAAGAAGUUUCUUGGUGAAAAGUGUUAUUUCUUCCACUGUCAAAUAUUAGUGUUUCUUAGGGAUUUAUACAGUAUUUAUUAUGUAUAAGGGUGGCUUUAAAUGCAUCUCUUAUCAAAAGCUGUUGUCUUUGGAGAUGACUUUAAUGCUCAAGUCAUUCCAGUCACGCUCAGAAGAGUCUUAUACAAAGAACAGAGGGGAGAGGGAUGAUAGUUUGCGUGCGUUUUUAACCAGAGUCUUAGAAAGCUUUCGGUGAAAAUUGCUAUUCAGUCCUUGUGGAUGCAGGUCAUUCUCUAGAGGAUUUGUUGUUGUGGAUGCCUGAAAUAAGUGCUUUAAUUAUACUUUUUAAGGAUAGCGGUUUUAGUCAGAGUUGCACUUGGAAAUAUAAGUAGUAUUUAAAUAAUCUGGAAAACACAUCUUGCAGCUUUCCUAGCUUCAAAACUGUAAAUUCCUUAUCACACCUCACUUCCUGUAUCCAGCUAACAGGAAAAAAGGGCAUUUGGAGUGAAGAGGGUGCAGUUGUGUUACAGGUUUUCAUCAUUGCCUUCAAGCAUGACUGAGAUCAGGGAAGUUAAAGCCAUUCUUUGAUCAGCUAAAUUUAUUUUUCCAUUUUGCAGUUUGGACUGACCAGGUCACUCAGAUUUAAACAUACUGAUUUUUAUUUUAGUAUUGAAAAUGAUCUGAGGAGAAGCUACUGGAGUGUUUUCAGAAAGUCAAGUUCUGAUUUUACCAUGCUCCUUGCUAUAGCUUGCUAAGCUGCCAGUUAAUAUUUCUGACAUGGAAUUCCAGGUUAAUAAUUACAAAAUAGAACAGAUGCUUACUUCCCCAGUGGCUCUGCAGUCCUGCCAUGUUUUAGUCACCUGAACAAAGCCUUUUACUUAAAAAGCCUGAGCAGAGCUAUAGGGUGCUGUGCCAGUGGAGUGGUAGAUGGAAGGGUUAGGACAUGGUCUGUCGGUGCUGGUAAACUCCAGUGUGUGAUAUGAGGAAUGUGCAGUGUUGAACAACAUGAAGCUGCAGCAGUCAUGCAAAAACACCAGUUGUCAAUCACAGAUGAUACAACUGGCUUAAACUAUUCUUCACAGAUGUGCCUAUUUUCCUUUGCCCUUUAAUAUCAAACUAUGUAAAUACAAGACUCUUCACCUACCUCUCAAGAAUGUCGUGAUCCUUUCUUUUUAAACGAGCUUGUUUCUGUUCCUGGGUGUCCCAGUGUAACAUGAUAAACGUAUCUCCGAAUGUGCUAGCUGUUAACGCUUACGGGAAACUUUUGAAUUAGGAAAACAAAUAAACGCUAUAUGCGAUAACUAUCUUUUCAA